UCAUAAGGAUGAAAUUCAUUUAGAAGGGGAGCAGCCACACAGUGUGAGAUGAUAAUACAGAAGCUUUUCCUCCAUGGAAAAGUAGGGAACAGGGACAGAGCUGGGAUCCUGUGCUGAUUGUGAUGGAUUUCAAACACCCUGAUGGCCAUACAGUGGCAAUUAUGCUGCCCCGAUGCAGUUUAUUGGUGAUGGCUGGAGAAUCCAGAUACCUGUGGACCCAUGGGAUUACACCCCGAAAAUAUGAUGUCAUUCAAGCAUCUGAGCUUGGGCAGAAAGUUGGAACAAUCACUGCUGAUGUUGGAGAUUUAACACUAAAUCGAAGAGAAACAAGGACAUCAUUUACAUUCAGGAAAGUGAGGAGAAGCCCUUGCAAUUGCAUUUACCCAUCUGUCUGUGACAGCCAGAAAGGACAGCAAAGACAGGUACCACCUUCAUUUCCCCACAGUGAGAUGGAGGCCUCAAGGCUGGAGCAAGAAUAUGUGCACAAGGUGUACGAAGAGAUUGCCACACACUUCAGCAGUACCAGGCAUAGCCCAUGGCCCCGAAUUGUAGAGUUUCUCAGGUCACUACCAAAAGGGUCAAUAGUGGCGGAUGUUGGUUGUGGUAAUGGGAAAUAUCUAGGCAUCAACGAGGAUUUGUAUAUG